ACCAAAAUGGCGAACAAAAGAAAACAAGCGCAGAAUUUGGAACAUUCUUCCAAAUCUCAGCAUCAUAGGUCCUCUCAAGGGAAACAUGGUAGUAUCAGCCGGAGAGAUGACAAUCCAAGCAAUUCAGAAAAGUCAGGUUCGGGUCUGUGGACGAAAGAAAACGUGUUUUAUAUCGCGCUGAUAGUAGCCGGCGCGUGCAUCUCCGGGUACCUGCAUCGGAACCAUGUUGCAGGGAUGUUCGAGCGAGAUAAACACUUUUCUCAUUUAUCAGAGCUUGAAAGAGAGCUGUCGUUCAGGACAGAGAUGGGUCUUUACUAUUCCUACUACAAAACUAUGAUCCAGUCCCCUAGCUUCCUGAGCGGCCUUCAGGAGAUAAUGUUUGAUAAUGUCACAGAAUAUCCAAAAACUAUCAACACUUUGAAACGGUUCAAUCUUUAUCCUGAGGUUGCCUUGGCGAUAGGAUAUCGAAUAUUUGACUCUGUCACAAAGUUCAUGAAUAUAGUGACAAAGCAGUGCUGGGAGACGAAUCGGGGCCACAACCUACCUCCAAUUAUCAGCUGUGAAGGUCUUGGGGAUGCGCCAUACUUCUAUGUGGAGAGCGUGUUUUUUUGGAAUGGCAUCAACAUGGCUGUCUUAUUUGUCUUUGGUUUAUAUCUCAGCGGGAGUAUAUUCGGAGGCAUUCUAGUCGUAGCAUCGUUCUUUUACAAUCAUGGCGAGUGCACCCGCAUCCAGUGGACCCCACCGCUGAGAGAAAACUUUGCCUAUCCUUUCCUAGUCAUCCAGAUGUUUCUAGUCACUCAUACAUUAAAGACACCACGUCCAGAUUAUAAAUACUGCAUCCUGAUUGCAAUGGCAACCAUAUUGUUUAUGUUACCAUGGCAAUUUGCCCAGUUUGCCCUCCUGACUCAAACCAUGUCUGUCUUCGCGGUCUACAUCCUACAGUUCAUUGGGUCUCACAAAGUCAGGAUCAUACUUCUUGGACAAACGAUAGGACUGUGUGUGAGCUACUUGUUCCUGUUUGGUAAUGAGAUGUUGUUGGCGUCAUUCUUCUUCGCUGCUCUAGUCACUUCACAUAUUCUACUUAGCCUUGAAUGGUUAAUAGAGAAAAUCAAGAUACGUUUCAUCAUUUGGUUGACACAAGGCAUAUCACUUCUCGGUGGGAUCAUCUCGGUCAAGUACUUGAUGUCAAAGAUUCUGUCUUUAAAAGAUGAUGCUCACAUUGGUGAUAUCCUAAAAAGCAAGUUCACAAACUACAGUAACUUUCACACAAAGAUGUACACCUGUGCCCCUGAGUUUGACUUCAUGGAAGCCGCGACACCAGGACGUGUUUCAAAGACGUUACUCUUACCCUGUGUCGGCAUCGUACUCAUCAUGAUCAUUUAUCAGCUCCUGAAGAAUGAAUUUGAAAGUUGGAAGAACAAUAACUCUGAAAAUAGUAUGGAACCUGAUGAAAUAAAACAUCGUUCAAAGCCUAAUGCUGAGCUUGUCUACCAUGUGUUUCAACUUGCUGCCUUUACUGUAAUGGCGGUCAUCAUUAUGAGACUGAAGUUAUUUUGGACUCCUCACCUGUGCCUAAUGACGUCAUUGCUAGCUUCACCGAAAAUAUUUGGAGGGCUCUUCAAGGACACAAGAAAUCAGAUUUCCGUCAUUGUUGUUGUCUUAGCUCUGAUGAGUUAUCAGGGCAUAGGCAACUUGAACCACCAGUGGAGCAUCCUAGGGGAAUAUACCAACACUCCGAUGGAGGAAAUGGUGGAGUGGGUGAAAGGAAAUACUCCACAGAAUGCUGUGUUUGCUGGGCCAAUGCCUACCAUGGCCACCAUCAAGCUGGUGACAAAAAGACCUAUUGUCAACCAUCCACAUUAUGAAGAUACUGAAUUAAGGGAGAGAACAAAAAUUGUCUAUGCCACAUACAGCCGCAAACCACCAGAGGAGGUAAAGAAGGGGUUAUUAGGACUGCAGGUGGACUACUUAAUCUUAGAAAAUACAUGGUGUAUUCGACCAUCAGAUAGUGGAUGUUCAAUGCAAGCAAUUUGGGAUUUAGAGGAUAUGGAAAAUCGCAACCGUCCUUCAACAUGUUUGGAACUUUACAAAAAACCAGAACCAAACUUUAAAAUUGUUUUUAAGAAUCGUACAUACCUCAUAUUGAAAUUAUGAAGACACCAGAUUUUAAAUGAGAUUUAAGUUCAAAUUGUACAAAGUUACAUUUGUACUCUUCUUGAAGAGGAUUUUCAUUGAUGUCUGAUGUUUGUCUGAUGUGUAAUACAGAUGAAAGCCAGGAUGUACAAGGGCCUCUUUUAUAGGUAAGGUAGUAUUCAAACUGAGGCUUGAUUAGGUUUUGACCACACUUUGAGAACAUGUUGCCAAUUCCCAAGGGUGAACUUUACAUGUAUAUCAGUUCACUUGCAUAGUUGAUAGUCUUGGUCAUUAGGGCAUAAAAGGUUUUGAGGAUAUAACAUUUGCUAACUUCUUACUCUGGUUUAAUAUGGGAUCAAGUUUGUAGGCAUUUACGUAAUUAGAACUUUGUAAAAGGAAUCAUUUCUUGGUAUACUUGGUUGAGCUGCCUGCUCUGGUGCCAGUGUUAGUUUCAUAAUUUAGAACCCUGUCUAGUCGUUCAACAUGUAACUUCUGUAAUUGAAAACAAAUUGAAAUGAUAGAAUACUGCAUGUAGGCCUACAUACAUGUAUAUUCAACAACCUGUAGAAUCUCUUGAGCGUGUAUUGGGCUUGGUAUUUAUUUAUCUACACGUAGAA